GCCGACCCUCGGCCUGAGAGACUGACUAACUCCGAGUAGAAAUUAAUAUUUUUCAGCCGAGUGCUGCGAACGCAAGAGGAGUCCGAGAGUGUCCACGCACUGUCCACACUCAUGACCGCUGCCCACAAGGAGGACGAACUGAAUGAGCGGCGCAGAAGGCUCGCGUAAAAAAAUCGCCGGCGGCCAAUGGAAUCGACUUUCGAGGAGUUCGCCGGGCUGGCCGAGAGCCCGCACGGGCAGGCGGCCAAAAGGCUGCUCUUCGCGGGCUCGCCGGAUGGCGACGCCGUCGGCAAGAAGCGGCGCAAGCAGUCGCGACCGAUCCGCAUCCCCAGUCCCUCCGACCCGUCCCUCGAGGUGCAGCUGCACGUGGAGCAGUCGACGCCGCCGCCCUCGCUGGCGGCGCCGCCGCCUUCGAUGCCGCCCGAACAAGUGACGCCGCCGGCGCCGCCCUAUCCGUACGGCCUGCUGCCGUCCCUGCUCCAAUUCUCGCCGCACUUCCUGCUGCCGAUGCUGCCGACGACGCCGCCGACCCCCAGCAGCCAGUCGGCGUCGGCGACGACGCCCGGCGGCGCCUCCACCUCGACGCCGUCGCGCAUCUUCAACCUCGAGGCGUACUGCGAGCUGUGCAGCAAGGAGUUCUGCAACAAGUACUUCCUCAAGACCCACAAGGCCAACCGGCACGGCAUCUACGUCAAGGGCGGCGACACCCCUCCGGCGGCCAACACCCCUCUGCCGGUCGACGUCAAAAUCCCCACCACCCCCGAGUCCACCGUCAAGUUCCCGUGCGACGCCUGCCCCAAGAAGUUCGGCUCCGAGUACACGCUGAAGAGGCACAAGGUCAAGACCCACGCGAUGGCCGCCGAGCCGGGCGAGCGGCCCGUGGAACGGUUCGUGGAACGGCCGUUGGAACGAUUUGGGGAGCGGCCGGUGGAACGGUUUGGGGAACGUUCGGUGGAGCGGUUCGUUGAACGUCCGAUAGAACGCUUCGGAGAAAGAUCGGCGGAAUUGUUUGGAGAGCGGCCUGCAGAACGGCCCGGAAGCGCCCCUCCGACCCACCAGCAGCCGUCCGAGGCGGCCGAAACGCCGGCCACCGAGGCCUCCCCCCUCUCCCCGGGCCGGCUGCGGCGGCUCGGGGUCAUCAACGCCGACGCCUUUUGCGAAAUCUGCAGCAAGGAGUACUGCAACAAGUACUUCCUCAAGACCCACAAGUUGAAGCGCCACGGCAUCCGAGACCCUGAGGACCCUUUGCCCAAAGGGUGGCCCCUUUUGCAGACGAGUCCGUUGAACUUGACCAUCGCCUCCGAGCAACACCUGACCAACGGCAACAGCUCCUCGGAACAGCAGCCGGCCCAGGAGGAGGAGGGACUCCUCGCCUCCUACCUGCAGCCCAAGGACGAACCUGAGGAGGCCCGCGACCUGAGCGAGGACCUGCAGAAGCUGCAGACGAUGCUGCUGCAGCUGAACGCGCUGAACGGGGCGGCGGCCGCCUCGGACGCCGUCUUCGCACCCCAGGCCGAGCAGAACGGCCAGGGCGUGGCGUCGUCGCCUCCGAGGGCAGAGUCGGCGCCGCUCGAGGGCGCCGAACGUAAGGAGCCGGAAGAGACCAGCGGCCUGGACAUCACGGAGCCGCUCGUCGAGGUCACCAUCAAGCAGGAGUCCAUGGAGGAGCUGCAGACCGACCAGCCGCAGCCUGAAGACCUCGAGGGCGCCGGCAGCUCCGGACUCGGCGCCAGCUUUUCAUCCACCAGCUGCUACUGCGACAUUUGCAACAAGGAACUCUGCAACAAGUACUUCAAAAAGGUGCACAUGCAGAAGAUGCACGGCAUCGAGAUCAAGGACAACGCGCUGAGCGGCGGCGUUCCGUGCGACAUUUGCCACAAGCAACUUUGCAGCAAGUACUUUGUGCGCGUGCACAAGCAGAACACGCACGGCAUCGUGGACCUGAGCGCCCCUCCGCUGCCGGGCAGCCCUCAGGUCUCGGGUCUCGGAGGAGAGGGCAUCACCCCGCCCUUGGACGCGUCCCUGAAGCCGAUGGAUGGCGGCGACCUGAACCACCGCUACUUCGCGCACUUCAACGUCGUGUGUCCGUUGUGCAGCCGACGCUUCCGCAGCGCCAAGUGGCUUCGAGCGCACCUCGUCAACGACCACGCCGAACAGGGUCUGGAGUUGGCGCGCGAACUGGAGCCGAGACCCACUGCGCAUGCGCAAACCGAACCUGCGGAGGAGCCGCGCAACCAGUACCACUGCUCCUACUGCUCCUUCUCCACGCCCGUGCUCUCGCUGCUCUUCGUCCACGAGCGCUCGCACGCCGGACUGGCCGAGAUGCGCAACCGACCGUCCGCGCAUGCGCACCAGCACCUUUCCCAUCAGCAGCAGCUUCAGCAGGUCCAGCAAGCGCAGCCGCAGCCACCGACGCCACCGUCCGAGCCGAAACCGCGCAGCGAGCAGCAGGAGAGCGGGAGCGGCGUUUGGCGCUCCCUCCGCGAGGCGGCGCGCGAGUCGCAGGUGCCGGCGACCUACGCCGUGCCGCAGGCACCCCCUGACAAGUUCAUCAUGCAGCCCUUCCUGCUGGAGGAGCCGCCCGACGGUACAUUUGUUCCUUCCCUCGUGUUCCUGCCGGUCCGCGAGAAGGUCAGCGGUCAGCUGACCGUGUCCUUCACGCUGACCCCCGCAUAGUAGGCCCGCGGACGGCGGUCGCUCGGCGGACGCCUGUGAUUCCCGCCCCAGCCGCCCCCCAACACGUGUUCCUCCGUCGGCCCGCCGCCGUCGCUGCUGAAACACGCAAAGGUUCCUCGCGCUUUUGCCUAUUUGGAUAUGAAGAGAGAGAGAGAGAAGAUAAUAUGUUCGGAGAAGAUUGCAGACAUGAAAAAUUCACGUAAGAAAAUUUGAGAAAGAAAGAUGCUUCGCUGCCUAUAUUCGUGAGAGGUGGUGUGAGACCGCGCAAACACCCAGACUUAAAUGUAACGCUGUGUUUUACUACUAAUACGACACGGGGCCUUGGUCGACUCCAUUCACGAAAAGUUCCUAGCCACGGCCUCACUACCAACCUUCACGAACCACUAAUUAUAACGUUAAGGUGUCCUCUCGAUUAUUGCUUUACAAUGUCCGCGGCCCCCCCAAGUACCCUCCCGGCGGUCAGCACUGUCCUGCUAUUUUUGGACGCGUCUACUAUUCUAUUCUCUCCUAUAGCUCUCUUUCUCGCCCAGGCAGGUUGAUAGAUACUUACUCGACUAACUCUCGAUCGUCUCUCGAUAUCCGAGCGACGACGAGACCAUUUUACUGCUGCAUUGUUAUACAAUACAUACAUACGGAGAUCAAUAGCCACCUGGCUUCACCCCCUGAGACAUAUGGAGGGGUGAAGCAGCCUAUAUACCGUUAUAGUCUUGAUUCCCGACAGCCAAGACUCUCCUUGAGAAAUGGGCCUUUCUUUGAAACAGUCAAAUUUAAAUUAAUAAUAAAAAAAACGUUCUCAUUUUUUAAUUUUCUUAAUUUUUUGACUCUGAAGUUUAAAUUCAAGUUGGUUUUAGAGUUGAAUGAUCUUUUAAAUUCUUAAUCUUUGACACAGUCAAGUGGAGUUUGUAAUAAUUUUUUAAUUUAAAUUAUUUAAAAAAGAAUUGGAAAUUUUAUUAUUAUAUUUAUUUAUUUAAUUUUUGAACUCGAAUUUUUAGAUUUUAAUCAGUUUGAGUUGAAUGAUCUUUUUAAUUUUUCAUUUCAAAGAUUGGUCCACAUUUCAAGAGAGUCGAUCCACUCUGAUGUAAUUACAUAAUAGUUCCGGCCCCGGAGUAGGCCAAGCCAGAAUCUUCCGCAACUGACCCAUAAGUUCCUCAGGUAAAUGUGAAACUGACGUAGAGCGGACAAAUAAUGUGUAUUAUUACCACGGUGUUCUCUUAUUAGCAGUGCUGACACGGGGGGCCCGUUCGUUCGGCGCGCGUUCAUUAUUCGCGAUAUUAUGCAGCGCGCGCGUAUGUUGGCUUUGAGUUUCCAAAUUGAUUCGCUCGCUGAUGAUACGAUGUGUCUGUCGCGUAGGUUAAACAGUAAUAUAUCGCAUCACGAUGUCAAUCAAAAGUAAAUUUACACCCAGAGAAAGAAAGAAAGAAAGUCAAAUCACGUGUACGGUUCAGCGCGUACGUUUGAAUAAAAGAGUCUUAAUUAAUUAAUUAAGCUGAGACGAGAAGAUUAUAUUGAAUGCAUAUAUAUAUUUCAAAGUAUAUAUUAUUCAGGUACGAUUAAGGGCUCAGAUUCAGGGACGGGCAGGUCACCCUGCCGCUGGUGUGCAUGCGAGAGAAUGCCUGAGUUUUUUGUGCCGAGUAUGAUUGUGCUAGGAUUAGUAAUUAUUUCUAUGUGAAGAAAAUCGAUGUGCAUAUACAGCAGCCAUAGCUAAAUGUCGUGGCACUCGCAGACUUUAUGAAAAUCCAUUUUUAAAUUUUCAAAUUAAUUUCGCCUGCAUUUAAAAAGUGACGAGAAAAAUGAUUUUUGGGUGAAAACGGAGACACUUUUGAGGUUUCAAACACGCCAACGUAUUUUAAAAGAGUGGCGCGGAUAUUGUGAUUUUUUUCUACUAGAAACGUUUUUCUGGUGGUGAAAUUCGAUUGAAUAUUUAAUACUGGAUUUUUUUGAGUCGUUCAUUUUUAUUUUUAAUUCACGAAAAAUUUCAAAUCACGGAUAUCACCGCGAUGUUUUCUACAAAAUCCUGCUUUCGAGAACCUUACUUUUUUUUAUUUCUGUAAAUUUCUCUGUCACUGUCUCUCAGCUACGAAGAAAAUAACAUGACGGAAACCUCGCUACUAUUUAAUAUGAAAUAUACAUUUAAAAAAAAAACGCGAAAUAAAUAGAGUACAAGAAGUCACGUGCCUUAAUCGACAGUAAAGAAAAAAAAGAACAACACAAACUACUACUUGAUGAUUUGCGUUCUCUCUCCGACGAACAUAAAACUUGCCCAAAUGAGAUGUGAAUCCCCACACCCUCCAAACACGGGCCGAGUGCACGAAAAUGAGCCGAUUCGCAGCUGCCUGGCGUGUGCUAUCACUAAAAGCGCAUGCUGCCGUGCCUCUUUUUCUCCCGGCCGUCUGCCUUCCUUCCUUUCUCUCUUUGUUACACCAUUGAAACAGCUCUUUAGAACCUGUAAGGUGAAGAGCCGCUUCUUCUUCUUCUUUUUUUCCCUUCAAAUCUCGCGGCUCGCCUCUAAUCGAUUAUUUGCAGUGCCGAGAAAUUUUCGGAUUUUUUUUUCCGAAUUUACGCGCAAAGGCCGCACCCUUCUUCUCGUGAUCCAAUUUCAUUUUUAUGUACCGGCGGCGCACGAGUGAGUUUUUAUCGAACGACGGCGGCCGCGGCGGCGAGCGGCUUUUAACUUUCAUUUUAAAAAUUGGUUCCACGAAUUCGAGGGGGAAACGUUCGAAAUGAAUUUUUAAACCGCGCACCACGACGAGGAAAAUGAAUUAAUCAAAAUUCCGGGAAAAUUUCUUUGUGCGGUGUUUUAAUAUCAUUUUCUUUCCGGGUCUCUCUCUCUGAUUUUGGGUAUGGCGAUAUAUAAUUGUGGCCGUCUAAUAAAACACACUUUCUAGGAGAGAGAGUCGGCCGGUCGGGGGUGGAGAGGGGGUGAGUCGAGGAGGUAGUGGACGCGGGGGCUGCAAGUGCAUCUCUCAUCAUCCCUCGGCCAGCUGGGCUCGCGCGGCUCUUACAUUAUGGAAUCGAUACAGACGGCUGUGGUGGUGGAUUUAAGCUGCUCGCCACCCUCACGACGGCCCCGCCCGACGCCAUCUUAGAGCUGGACCAUCAAAGAGAAAUUGAUUUUUACCGCACGCGGCCAUCUUCAUAAUUCAUACCUCGAUUGGCGCGCGCUCGCCUCCAUGCCCGCCCGCUCUUGCUCUCUCGCAGACGAGAAAAUAAAUAAAAUUUCCGUUUCGGGGCAGCUGUUGUUUUGCGCCGAAAAUCCGAUUUAUAUAUACGAAUGUCACCUUUAUUCCGUUUUUCACCCCAAAAAGGGGUCGCGCGCGUCUUUCAUCCACAAAAGGGUUGCGCAAAUAACAAACAACCCGCAGCUGCCGCGAAAUUUUAUUAUUUUUUUUCUCCACAUUUCGAAUAACGCGCGAUCUAAUAUUCUUGGGAACGAAAAUAAAGGAGGGUGCGUCCAUCCGCCGGCCGACUGCUGGUCACUCAUCGACGGCGUAUUAAGGUCAAUCGAUUGGGGGUGGGUGUGCGGGGGUGAGUGAGUCACAGACCAACCGCACCCCCUUUGUUUUUCUCUUUAAUUUUUCAUCGUCGUCGGGAGGAAAUCGCCGCGCACUGGAAUAGUAAUUUUUGCCUUUGUACAAUUCCUUAUUUUCUCUAAUAGCAUUUUCGAGAGCUGAUGAGGCCGGCGUUGCCACACACCCCUAGGUGUGGGUGGGUCAGACACGCCAUUAUUGAUUUCCACCCCCGCCCGCCCAGUGUCCAAGGCCACCUCUCGCGCCGGAUGCACCCCCAGAUGUGCGUCCCUUAUCAAAAUUUUCACUCUCCACACUGCUUAUCGCUAAUUAGCGCUUUUUA